CGCUGAGUCAACGCCGCAAACUUUUGCCGAGUAGCGACUUGUAACAGCUAGAAAUGAUGAAAUAUCAAGAAACGCAGACUUCUGACGUGUGACUGAGAUAUACAAACGUACAUUAAGAUUCUUCUCACAGCGUUGAAUCACGUGACUCGAUGUGCGGAAGUAAAACACGCAUCUAACGCUGCUGUUAGCUUUAGCAUUAGCUUUAGCUUUAGCUUUAGCAUUAGCUUUAGCUUUAACUAAAGCAAGAGCAUCAAGGAAGAAGGAAAAGGGGUGUGAGUUCUGUUUUCAGAAUGCGGAACAGACACAGGGGAUCCCAUCUGGGCCUGAUACUCCUGGCCUCCCAGGUGUUUCAGAUGGGUGUGGACAACAUCCCCCCAGUCACCCUCGCUGUCCUGGGACUCAACGUGUACCUUUACCUGUUCCCUGCAGCUCCACUGAUGCAGGCCUGUGUGAGUGUCCAGCAGGCAUACUGGUUUAAAGACUGGCGCCGUCUUCUGCUGUCCCCGCUGCACCAUGCGGAUGAUUGGCACCUCUACUUCAACAUGUUGUCCUUCCUCUGGAAAGGCACCAAGCUGGAGCGACGGCUGGGCGGCCCCUGGUUCCUCUACCUGCUGUCAGUCUUCUCUCUGCUCACUGGAGUGGUCUAUCUGGUGCUGGAGGCCAUGUUGACAGAGUUCACCCAGGACCAAUCCUACAGCAUGGCCUGUGCUGUUGGCUUCUCAGGUGUCCUGUUCGCUCUGAAGGUGCUCAGUAACCAUUACCACCCUGGAGGUGUGACCUACGUGAUGGGUUUCCCUGUGUCUAAUAGUUAUGUUAGCUGGGUGGAGCUAGUGCUGAUCCACGUCACAUCACCUGGGACGUCUUUUGUCGGUCACCUGGCAGGUAUCCUGGUGGGUCUGCUCUACACUGCUGGACCACUGAAGUUCCUCAUGAAGAAAUGUGCAGGGUUCGUGACAUCGAAUGGAUACAACUCCCGGCCAAAUGCGCACUACAACUCCUCAGGCUCAUCAGGCUACAGUGGCACAGGUGGAGGAUACUCUGGAUACCGGCAGUCUCCACCAGAUUACACAACAAAUCAUACACCCCCUUACACCGGUGGACUGACGGAGGAAGAGCAGUUAGAGGCGGCCAUCAGAAACAGUCUGAAUGACAGAGGACAACCCAGCCAGAGAGGAGCUCCUCCUCCCUACGGUUUCCAGCUCCCUGAGGAGGUAACAGCUGAGGAUAUCAGGUUGAGGAGACUCAGGAGGUUCGACAGUUGAACUGCAAGACCAAUGGAGGGAAAGAAGAAGGUGUAGGUGAAGAGGAGCUCCAUCCUGAAGCUUGGUCAAAAUUCUGCUUCACAGGCUGAGGAAGAGCAACCCACAUAUGAGAAGGUCCAACCACACAGGCUGACACUUUUAACAGCUCUUUUAUUGUGUGGUCCCUUGUGCCAAAGAGUUAAUGUUAGCCAUUGAAAGCUACUUGAGUGUGAAUAACUAAAGAGUUCCAAAGCUUAUGAGCAGGUUAGGUUUGGGAGUGUGUGAUGAUGCUGAAGCGGCUUCUCAUUGGGGAAUUAAGACAAAAGGUAACGGGCAGUUGUUUUGAAUUUCUCAACAGAUUUGCUGUUGUUACACCACUGAAAGUUGUCAAACAGAUGCAGGACAUAAUACCAAAUGCCUAGAUUUAAAAAAUGAGGACUUUUACUUUCUUUUUCUCCAGCCAAACCAGAGACCAGGUGUAGAUCUAAAUGCUGUAUUUAAAUUUGUCAAACCUGGACUAUAUUAACAAGUAGACUUCAGAGAUAUAAAAUUCUGUUGCAACUUUGUUAAACCUUUUUUCUAUUUUUGAAAUGAUAAAAAAAGGGCAGCAACACACGCUUUUUCUCCAUCUACACCACGUACAACAAGUCUCGCUCAAAAAUCUUGAUACUUAAGACUUCUCAAACCUGGACCAGCUUAUGUCGAUGUUGUCAAAUGUGAUAUACAUCCAGUGGUUUCUGGUCUACACCUGUUCUUAUGUGGUAGUAAUGGAGUGAAAUCAGCCUUUUUUUCUGUUCUCACAAUUUGUAUAAAAAAGGAUUUUAUUGGAGUUGGGGAUUACAUAAACCUGACAGUAUUUUCAUGCUGUUCCCUCCAACGAUGUUCCUGAAUGAUUUCUGUUUCCUUUCAAUCUGCUUUUCUCAGAUUACCAAAAAAACAUUAUCAUAAUAGUGAUAACGAUAAGGCUACCGCCAUAGUUGAAUCCUGCUUCGAUUGGGUAACAUCUGGUUUCACAAAGGCCCAGCUGGCUCGUGUAAAGAUGCAUCUGUAGUAAUUGUUCUUCUGCGCACGCGCACAGUACUGCUCAUGGUAGCUGUUUCGGACUUGGAACAAUCCACCCUGACCAGUGGUAUAUAAUGUCGCCCAGUGUUAUUAAUGACAUUAAUUACCACCAAACAUAUAUUGCGUAAUAUCACUUCUAUUACACAUGUAGGGAAAGCAUUAAGCUACAAGUGAUCUCCUUUUUUUUUAAUCAACUUUACCACCGCACUACUCCGAACUUUCUAAAGUCCCCAAGCCAUAGUGACACUGGCUGUAAGCAAAGUUACAAAAGCGACGUCGAAGAAGUACAUCAAUGGCUGUGAUUCCCCUAAAGCCCUGAGGCAUGAUAAGAAGUAGGACAGCUUAAAUUAGAGCCAAGAAAUCCAACGAGCCGACAACCCCCAUGGGUCCGAAACCAUGCUGCAGUGGAUACGAUCGAAAAUGUACGUCCCCCCGAUGUGUCAUUUCAAAGUAGAAAAAAGGGGCGUGUUAGAAAUCCAGACUCAAAGUCAAGUCAAUUUUCUUUAUACAGCCAGAUAUCACUUGUAGAACUGUUUUGACAUCAGACAGACUUGACAGUUUGUCUAGUUUGAGUUUUUUGCUCACUGCCAAGGGGGAGCGUGACAGAACAUGAACGGUGGGGGGCUGAAUGAGUGACGGGGGGGAUGACAGGAUGAGGACAGGGAUGUGUCACAGAGCGCAGCAGGUGACGCAGUCUGUGCUUUAAUGCAUGCCUGUAGCGUGGGGGGCACCAUCUUGGCAUGUUGGUGGUUUUUAUGUCUUUUUCUGUGUCUUCACAAGUUGCGUCUCAGUUUGUCGUCACACCUGUAAACGAGCAGUGGAAUAGAGGAAACCGUGAGAGACACUCCCCCUUCCUGGUUCAUGUGCGGUGGUGGAUUUCAGUUGACCAUCUCAGGUGGCAAGGCGGUGCAGUGGUAGCUGUUUAUUGUGCAGAAGGUUCUGGUUCCAGCCCUUAUGAUCGGCGUCAGAUGUGGGAAGUGGGAUGUCUACUUGAAUCAGUCCACCAACAAUAGAAGUUGAUCAGAAUCUUAAAUCAGUUCGGCGUCUGCUCUAUUCCAGCUGACAUAGUAACAGCACAAAACAAGAGUAAAACAUUUGUAAAAGAUGUUUCUUUAAAACUUGCUAGAAACCAAAAAGGUGUUUAAUCAAUUGCAAUGGCCACAAACUGAGGCGUUUUCAUCUCUUCAGAUAUUUUGUUUUCAUUAUUUGGCAACUAAACAAUAUACAAUAUCAGUGCUUUUUGUAAAAGAUCUGAAUGGUUUGCCUAACAGGUCAGAUGUCAGUGUAUGAGGUUUAAAAUGAAAUUGGGCUGAAAAGAGUGCUUCACUGCUCACACUCAUUAAACGAUGUAAACACAGCCCAAAGAAUAUAUAUAUAAUAU